CACCCCCACCACAACAUAUAAUGGGUGGUGGACAAGGUCCAAUGCGCCCGAUGAUGAAUACAUUUGAGCAACCUGCUGAUGCUCAAACACAACAAGUUACAAUUCCACAUGAACUUGCAGGCGCUAUAAUCGGCCCUCGUGGUACACGUAUUUCUCAAAUUCGUCAGCAAUCUGGUGCAUCAAUUAAAAUCGAUGAUCCACUACCUGGAACGAAUGAUCGAAUUAUAACUAUUGUCGGUGCUCCUAAUCAAAUAUCUCAAGCUCAAUAUUUACUUCAAACUGCUGUUCGACAAUCAGGUCUUUAUCCAGGAUAA